AAAUUUUUGCCAAUGGAGUCCCAUGGUGUCAUUAAAUUUACGGUUUUGCCACUCCACCUCUGUAUAAGUAUUCAUUCAAAUUGCAAAACACACAGUCACACAUACACUCUAUCAUUAUAAUAUUUAAUCAAAUAAAAAUAUCGAUACUGAAAAAGGCUUCUUUUUUCUACUGAACUUUCUUCCGACUUCGUCUCCUACAAUCUCUCCGUCUCUCAAUUUCUACGCUUUCAACCGCAAUAUUGCAUCAUCUAUAUGGUGGUUUGAUCAGGGUUUUUUUUUUAUUGAGUUGAGGAAUUGAAUUUGAUUGACGAAAUGAGAGUAAAGGAGAUGCAUCCGUUGUGUUGUAUAUCGCUAGAGAGUCCAUCGAUCGGGGACCAGUCGCCGGAACCGAGGGUGAAGUUGUCAAGGUCGUGUUCGGUGGCGGACAUGAGAUCCGACGGCAAUGCCGUCGGAUUGAGGAGGUCUGGAUCUGAAUCCUGUUCUGGCAGCACAAGCUUCGCCGGAGUCUUAUACAAAUGGACAAAUUACGGCAAAGGAUGGAGAUCGAGAUGGUUUUUGUUACGCAACGGCGUAAUUUCCUACUCGAAGAUCCUCCAACCGGAAACCCUCGCUGCCGGAGAAGACGUUAGGUUCAUCGGCGACGUGUCCUCCGGAAGACUUAAACGUCUCGAUAGAAGCGGUAGUAGCAGGCAUCACAAACAUCAGAAAGCUGUUGGAAUCGUUCACCUCAAGGUUUCAUCAUUUCGAGAGAGCAGAUCAGAUGAUAGGCGAUUUUAUAUAUUCACAGCUACAAAGACACUUCAUCUCCGAACAAAUUCAAAGAAAGACAGAGUUGCCUGGAUUGAAUCUUUAGCCUCAACCAGAAAUCUAUUCACCCUACGAAGAUUAAAUUCUAAACCCUCUAUCCUCCCACCUGACCUAUCAUUGUCAACUGAAAGAUUAAAGAAACGCUUGCUUGAAGAAGGAAUCAGUGAGGUGCUCAUCAAAGACUGUGAGCAGAUCAUGCUCUUGGAAUUUUCUGAAAUUAAAGGACAAGUUCAGCUUCUUUGUGAAGAGCGUUCAAAUCUGCUCGACACCUUAAGACAGUUGGAGGCUUCCAAUAUUGAAGGUGAAACAUCUGGAGUUCCUGAAGGUGACUACCAAUUGACACAACAGGAAUUUACAGAUCGUGGAAAAUACAGUGAAUGGAGUACAACCGAAUCAUCACAAGAACUAGAGGAUCAGGGUUCAGAAGAUGAGGAGGCUUGUUUCUUUGACACAAAAGAUUGUUUUUGUUUUCCUACAGCUACUGAUGUAAUGGGUGAAGCGAUUAUCGAGAGGAGAAAGAAGCUUCCGGAUCCUUGUGAGAAAGAAAAGGGUGUGAGUCUGUGGUCCUUGAUUAAAGACAACGUUGGAAAGGAUCUGACACGUGUCUGUCUCCCUGUUUAUUUCAAUGAGCCAAUUUCAUCUCUACAAAAAUGUUUUGAGGAUCUGGAGUACUCUUACCUUCUAGAUCGUGCUUAUGAACAUGGAAACAGUCUUGAAAGAGUUUUAAAUGUAGCUGCUUUUGCUGUUUCUGGAUACGCUUCUUCAGAAGGACGACAUUGUAAACCUUUCAAUCCUUUGUUAGGGGAAACUUAUGAGGCUGAUUACCCUGAGAAAGGAGUCCGAUUCUUUUCUGAAAAGGUGAGUCAUCAUCCUACUCUCAUAGCUUGUCAUUCUCAAGGUAGAGGAUGGAAAUUUUGGGGGGACAGCAACAUCAGAACUAAAUUUUGGGGGAGAUCAAUUCAACUUGACCCUGUUGGCGUUCUUACCUUAGAAUUUGAUGAUGGUGAGGUUUUCCAAUGGAGCAAGGUUACAACCAGUAUUUAUAAUCUUAUUUUGGGUAAAGUAUACUGUGAUCAUCAUGGAUUGAUGCAUAUACGUGGUAAUAGAGAAUAUUCAUGCAAGCUCAAGUUCAAAGAACAGUCAAUUCUUGAAAGAAAUCCACGCCAGGUACAUGGGUUUGUUGAAGAUGUUAAUGGAAAAAAACAGGCAACAUUAUUUGGGAAAUGGGACGACAGCAUGUAUUACAUAAAUGGAAUUACAAAUGUGAAACCAAAGGAUAUGAGUGAUGCACAUCUGUUGUGGCAAAGGACACUGCCUCCUGUUAAUCUCACUCGAUACAAUCUAACAUCUUUUGCCAUCACAUUGAACGAGUUAACCCCAGGACUACAGGAGAAGCUUCCACCUACGGAUUCACGACUCAGGCCAGACCAAAGACACCUUGAGAACGGUGAAUAUGACAUGGCAAAUUCAGAAAAGCUCCGUCUUGAGACCAGACAGAGAAUGUCACGAAAACUACAAGAAAAUGGAUGGAAACCGCGAUGGUUUAAAAAAGAGGGUGAAGACGGGACGUAUCGGUAUAUAGGUGGAUAUUGGGAAGAACGAGAGGAUGGUAAGUGGGAGGGUUGCCCGAAUAUAUUUGGUGAAUUUAGCAAUGAUUCUAUCAACAUAUCCUGAUUUAUCCCAAGGGAGAAAGGGAGGAGGUACAAAAAUCCAUAUGUAUGUAUGUAUGUAUAAAACCCAAUUCUUCAAGAUUCUUAGUGCUUGCUGAAAGAAAAAAAGAUAUAGAUAACAACAAUCUUCGGGUGGGUGUCGUAACGUUGGCACUUGGCGCACUAAAACUAGCUAGCUAGCUACUUAAUUUAGAUGUGUAUCUUUCGGGUUAUAUAUAUAUAUUUAUUGGAUAGACAUUAUUCGUUCAUUGCCUACAACAUAUAUAUAUGUCAAAAAUUUAAGUAA